AUGCAACAGCAAAUAGGGAUGAGUUAUCACCGAGCUAAGGGUACCAGGGAGGCCACGACUAUCAUGGGUCCCCGUCCAGACCCCUCAGGAACAUCAUCUUCUACACCUCGGCCUGCUCAGUCGGGAAGGAAAGGGUCGAAGAAAGUAAGAACCGGCUGUCUAACCUGCAAAAUCCGCAAAGUCAAGUGCGAUGAGGCAAAACCGUUUUGUGUCCGUUGCACAAAGACCGGUCGAAGAUGCGAUGGAUACUUGGACGCAAAAACCAUGAUCAGCAGGAGACCCCGAAGGUCCGGCGGCGUGUCCCAGACCGGUGCCAACAACCCUCGCGGCUCGCUAUCUGUCUUUUACGAAUGGGCCUCCUCCGACGAAAAACGUUCCUUUCACUUUUUCCAGGACGUCACGGCACCUUGUCUUUCCGGUGACUUCGACGGUGCUUUUUGGCGUGUGCUUGUGCUCCAGAUCUGCGAAUCCGAACCAGUAGUGAAGCACGCCGUGUUGGCUGUUAGCAGCUUGCACGAGGCAAUGGUACGCGGUGCGGUGGCGCCCUACGUCGACAUUACCGACAAGCAGUCAUUUGCGCUAUUCCAAUACAACAAAGCCAUUUCUUGUCUUUUGGACCGGAUGCCAGACGCCGACUCAAGGCCCCUUGUACCACUUCUCACCUGCAUCCUCUUCGUCUUUGUCGAGUUUAUGCAAUUCAAGGAUGUCGAAUCACUUAUCCACUUACAACAAGGGCACCAGAUAUUAAGUCAGCUCGAACGGAAGCCAUCGCUGCGGGGGAACCCCGAAUUUGAGAUCAUACGGAAUCACAUUGUUCCCAUGUACACGCGAAUCAGUCUAACGUUGAUGAUGAUCGGUGGCGAUCCUACUGCUAUACCAGUGCCCUUGAAGACGUUGAUCGACGUUCCGACGACCUUCGAAACGAUUGACCAAGUUCGGUACGCUCUACACGACUUUAUGGAGGAGUGUCUCAGGUUUACAAAGAAGUCAAAGCCGGCAAAGUACCAACAAGUAUCACCAGAAGAACUGCGGGCACUGGAAGAAGAACAGGAUCUUUUGAUGAGGAAGCUGUCCAGGUUUAACGUCGCAUUCUCGCUCUUCCUCUCAAGAAACCAAAAACUUCUCCCGCCGGGAUGUGUCGACUUGAUCGAAAUACAUACCAAAACCAUCCACAUCUGGAUAUCAACAGCGCUGAGCACCAACGAAACCGCCUUCGAUGACCACAUCUCAUUCUUUUCCGCCAUCAUUCCCCGCGCAUCCGCCUUCAUGGAAACUCUUUCCAGCCCUACAACACGCGAAAACCAGACAACCAAAGCCGGGACAAUGACAGCAACAGGAACAGCGGCCUCACUAACAGACGCACGACGCUUCUCGGCCAUGUUCACUUUUGAAACCCACGUCAUAGCCCCCUUGUUCUUCGUCGCCAUCAAAUGCCGCCACCCCGAAGUCCGCCGCGCCGCCCUCGACCUCCUCCGUCGCAACCCCGCCCGCCGCGAGAAUGUCUGGCGCGCCGACAUCAUGGCUUCGAUAGCUGACUACACCAUCAAGCUCGAGGAGAGGCAUCUGCACUCCCCCGACUCCGAUUAUGCCCCACCACAUCAGGCAUCUCCACCCGACGCAACGGGCUCGCCGUUCUCGUACCCUCUCGCCCCUGGUGAGAUGUGGUCCAGCGAACUUCAAGACACACCCUUUGGGUAUAACGACGCCGAUUCCUCGUCAGGAUCAGUCGGCGAAGGAACAGUCGACCUGGCCCAAUUGGACCUCAGCAAUCUCCCAGUCGACCCAUCCCUACUGCUUGCUGAAGAUCAGCAUUCGGUGCACUCGCUCAGCGGUUAUUCCUACUCUGCUGCGUCUUCGUACGACAUGGAUGCCGCCGCUGAGUCAAACGGCACGAUAUACAUGGACGUGGACGUGAACAACACGCCUGUAACAGUUCCGAUGACAUUAUCAGCCGCAGUGGCAGCAGUGACCGCGGCUACAUCAACACCAACAACACUAUCAGCAACCUCACCCGCCUGGACAACAACAACAACAACAACAACAACAACAACCGGCACAUACCCGACACCAAGCAUCUUCCUCGAACCACCCACUCCCUUGGUUCAAAACCAACAGCAAACCCAACAUCAACAGCAACUGAACUGGAACACUAUCACGGCAGCAAACGCCCCCUCAUAUACUACAACACACCCACACUCGCCGCACUCACGGAAACAAUCGUCCGGCAUAUCCUUCAGCCCCAGCCAUUCACCGCCAACACCAGCCCAAGCCCAACGGAUGCGCAGUCCUGACGCCCCCUACGAUGUCCCCAAACACUUCCGGGUGCACACGGCGGCGCUGAUGUCGGACUGUGACGACGGAAAGGAAGAGGGGACGGGUUCGAGGAGGAGGAGUAGCAGUAAGGUGGUUUUGCUGAGGAAGCUGCGGGGGUUAGGGUAUGAGUGGGAUGUUCAGACGGAGUAUUUGGCUGUUAGUUGA